AUGAAAAUGAAAAUAUUUAAUCAAAUUCAAAAACAUGACGAUGCUAAAAAAAUGAUAGAACAAAAAUUUAAGCAAAUGUGUACAUUAGAUAAUAAUUUGUCUGAUGUCGGAGGACUAUUAGUAAAAAGGUUAAUUAUAAUUAAUUUUUAAUUUUAAUAUAGAUGCUGUGAUAAAAUAUAGCAGGUAUAGGUGGGUACUGGGUACCUAACUUCAAGGAAUUCUCUCUAGAAGACAUUGCGAAAUAAAAUUAAGGACUGUCACAUUAACGAUUGUCCUCCUUUUCCUCCUGUUUUACAAUAUUAUAAUUUACCAAUUAUGUAUUUUAGAUACAUUACCUACAUUUUAAAUAUAUGUGUGGUGUGUACCUACGAUAAUUUUGAAUUUUCGGUUAGGUUAAGUCAAUACCGUUAAUAAAAUUUAUCCAAUCCUUUAAAAUUUUGGUAUUACGAAUAAGCGAAUAACCUUUCUGAUGAAAAACAAUGCCGUGUGAAGUUUAAUUUAACAUGUUUUUAAAUACAUUUUUAAAUGUUUUUAAUUUAUCAAUUAAUAUUAUGAAAUCGUCUUGUCAAAUUUUAAGCAAAUUUCGUUUAAAUCCAUAUUGAAAUAAAAAUUAUUGAACUCAAUGAUUAAAAUUUCGGUAUUUACAAAUAAAGUGCACAAUCAGUAAUGUGUUAUUUACGGAAUGUACCUAUAAAUUAUAGUUUUAUUUGUUUAUUUUAUUAUAAUUUAUAAGCAAUAAAAACGAUAACAUAAAACCGGGUUGACCAUAAAUAAUAUAAAUUUUAAUUCGUAGUUAGACAGAUAAGAAUGUCCGAUAACUACCUAAAUGUAAUACAGAAACGUUGAUAAAACUACGAAAUAUCCAACAUUGCUUAUUCUUUCCAAUCAUUUUCAACAAUGACUCAGAAAUCACGACGCUUCCUAAAUUAUUAUCUUUCCCGAUAACAUAUACAGUGAAAUUACUAUUAGGCAAACAUUUAAAAAAAAGAGGUUUUACUGGAUGCUGGGGUGCAAUUACUGUUGUAGGUGAGAAGUUAGAAAGGUAGGACACAUAAGGUUAUUUAAUUUAUAUUUGUAACAUAUAUCUGUAACAUUAAUAUCUAAGCACCUAUAAACCAUCGCUAAUUUAUUUUUCGAUUGUUGUAAGAUCUCGGGUAGAAAAUUUGUUCAGAGAUACAAAACAAAAAUACAUCAUAGUACAACCAAUAUAUCCAUUGGUCCUCUUCGCUUCUCUUUCUUAAAAACCUUGUAUUAUGUAUGCGUUAAACAAUUAUUAUUUAUAGAAGUAAAAAUGUUGUAUAGUCUAUAAUCUGGGGGGAGGGGAAGUUAUUAAAUACUUUGUUUAGAUGGUUUUAAAUGUCUAUCAGUAGAGGAUAUUUAGAUAUGGUAUAAUAGACUAUGGAUAGACAAUUUUAUACAUCUAUUAGUUGUUAAUUCAAUGAUAUCUUUUUAAGUAUUUUAUAAGUAAUAAAUUAAGUACAAUUAUUUGCAUGGGUUGAUAUCACUUCACACUUGUACGUAAGUAUACCUAAUUUAUACCAUAGGUACCUACUAUACAAAAUUAGUGGACAGAUAACUCAUUUGAAAAAAAAAGUUUUUCAAGAAAUAUUUUAUACACAUUGAGUCGGUACAAAAUAAAAUCUUAAAAGACAAAAACGACCAAUUAAUCGUUUUAAAUAUAGGUAGGUGGGUAACUAAAAUCUCAAUAAUAAUAUCCAAAUAGAACUUAUUUUUUGAGGUGGCUGGCCGUUCAAUUAUAAUAUUAUAUUAUAAAAAAUGUUACUAAAUCUUAAUAGUAAAAUAAUAACACAAUACAAUAAUAUACUUCUUCCGAUAGCUGUUUUUAAGAAAAAUUGCGAAUUGAAAGAAAAUAGGGUUUUUUGUAGACAAAUAAUAAUAUUAGUGAAUAUUUCUGUAAUUAGUUUGAGAAACUAAUUUUGUUACUAUCUUCUUAUAAUAUGAUGGGCAUGAUAACAUUAAAAAAAAACCUAUGUCACUAGUUAUUAAAAAUAUCAUUUGUGUACUAGGUUAAAAUAUUUAUUGACCUAGUUUAUGAAAUAUAAUUAUUAAUACCUAUAAUAUGAAUAAUUUGAUAAGUACCUAAGUCAGUCGAAGACAUAUGCAUUAGUGUACCUAUAAUAAAUAAAGUAUAAAAUGUACCUAGAUACCUUAUAAUCAUGUAUAUUACUUAUAUAUGUUUAUUUUUUAAAUAGUCAAGAAUAUUUAAAGAUUCUCGACAGCAAACUAGAAAAAAAUGAAAAAAAUAUUAUCAAUAAACGUCAACAAAUAGAGGAUGAGCAUAAUAAAAUCAAAAAUCUUAAAAUUGAUUUAGAUAUUAAACAGACAUCAAUAUUGGACAAUCAAAAUUUAAUCAAAGAAAAACAGUCACAAUUAAAGGUAGCUAUAGGCAAUUUGGUAUUAUAAUAUAUUAUCUAUAGAAAAAGUGUCUCCCCAAAAUAGGUAUGCAUUUCAUACAAUAUUAUUUAUACAUUUUGUACUUCCCUCAGAGUAGUCAGAAGGAGUACAAAUUUUAAAGUUAGGUAGGUAACAUAUCUAUAAUAGGUAAUUUUAAGUUAAAGGUCGCCAUUAGAUUUUGUAUUUUUUCAAUAUUAGGAUAUUGAAUUGCAAUGUGAAAAAGAAUCAAAAGAAUUUGAAAAAAUGAAACUGCAACGGCAUAAAAAUCAAAUAAAAAUGGAAUUAAUGCAAUCUGUUAUGAAGCACCACGAAAAGGAAACUAAAGAAAAAAUACAAUUUUACCAUAACAAUAUUAUCAGACCUCUCGAACUUAAGCAAGUAUUAUCACAACAAACUACAGUAUUCAAAUAA